UGAAAGUUAUAGAUGGGUUUUACAGCAAACAAUUGAGGCUACAGGAGUUCAGCCCGGCGCUUUUAUGAUUGAUGCAGAUCCAGGUCUUGAAAGUGUUGUUCCUGAAAUAUAUCCUGAUACCUACCUACUUCAUUGUAUCUGGUACAUUGGGCGUAACAUUGAAAAGCAGCUUGCAAAGCUACUUGGUGAUAAUUAUGCAGAUUUUAUCAAAGCAUUUUAUCCAAAAGCAUUUACAAGUCGAGUUUUUACGGCAGGAAUAAUAUCUACACAACAAUCUGAAUCAAUAAACGGUAUAAUUAAAUGGACUGUAAAUGAAAGAACUCAACUUCACAUCCUGUUUAACCGAAUUGAAUCACGUGUUGCAGAAAAACAAUUUGCUAGUCGGUUUGCAGCUUGGUGUGAAAAGACAACAUCAUAUAUGACAUCAAGUGUUCCUGGACAACUUUUUCCUGAAAUAUACAAUAUUUUGCAAAAGUAUGUAAUGCCUAAAAUUUUACAGUUACAUAUUGAUCAAAUGAAUGAGGUGGUGAUGCAUCAUAGCAAAAAGGUUAAUUUUGAGGAUCUAUAUAAUUUAACAUUGGAGGUUGUUGAUAAUGGGCCGAUUGAAUUUGAGUAUGACUUUCGUCAGAUACAUUUUGAUGAACUUCUUGAGGAGAUUGAUCAUUUCUUAGUUGCUGAGGUUUGGGAAGUUCAAUCAAUCGAGCAUAAAUCGAAUAUUGGACAGAAUAAGAAAUUCAUUAGAAAAGAACAGUUUAACACCAUUUUUACCUUCUUUUCUGGAUGUGCUGAUUCGUGGAAUACCAUGCUUAUUGAAGCUCCUGUACAAGCUGCAGCAAAAGCAAUUGGCCGUAAACAAUCGAUUAAAGGAACAUUGCUUGGGCUUGCCCGUAAAUGUGUAGAAGUAGUUAAUUACGAUGAUUUAAAUGAUUCAAAGAUUUUGAUGGAAAUAUUUAAGAAAUGGAUAUGCAUCCAUGAGGAAGCACAAUACAGCAAACAAAUUAUAGAACAGGAACUAGAUGAUAACCAAAUU